CGCGCGGCUGGGCAAACGUAUAUAUUCACUUGUCGCAUAGUCUCCGCUGACACGAGUCGAAAUGCCUUUACCUUGGUUUAUCAUCUGUCUAGCACUGACCGCGUGGCGCGCGGAGGGCAGCGAUGUGCUCGAGUUUUGUGACUCUGACUUUGACCGGAACGCAGCCGUGCACGAAACUCUACUGGUAGAGUUCUUCGCACCUUGGUGUGGUCAUUGUAAGCGGCUUGCUCCGGAAUAUGAGGCUGCUGCCACAAGGCUGAAAGGGACACUGCCUCUGACAAAGGUUGACUGCACCGUGAACUCCGAGACGUGUGAGCGUUUUGGGGCGAAUAGCUAUCCCACCCUAAAAAUCUUCCGCCAUGGAGAGGAAGUUGAAACUUAUGAUGGCCCCAGAACAGCAGAUGGCAUUGUGAGCUACAUGAGAAGGCAAGCAGGUCCGAGUUCUGUGGCUCUGCUUAGUGAGGCGGAUUUGGAUUCUUUUAUCAACAACUAUGAGGCCAGUGUGGUGGGCUUCUUCUCUGGGGCAAACAGUACACAGCUUGCAGAGUUUCUGAAUGUCUCCAGUGCCCUGAGGGAUAGCUAUCGAUUUGCUCAUUCCACUGAUGUGGGAACAGGCCUGAAAUACGGUGUAGAUGGAGAGUGUGUUCUGCUGUUUCGACCCCCCCAUUUAAAUAGCGAGUUUGAGGACAAUGUGGUGAAAUACACAGAAUCCACUUCUAAUUCCUCUCUCCGUACCUUCAUCAGAGACAAUGUAUUUGGUCUCUGUCCGCAAUUAACCACAGAAAAUAAGGACAUUCUGAGAGGAAGUGAUCUGCUUACAGCAUAUUACAAUGUAGAUUUCUUAAGAAAUCUCAAAGGCACAAACUACUGGAGGAACAGAAUAAUGAAGGUGGUGACACAGUUCCAGGAUCGGGGUCUGAGAUUUGCAGUGGCAGAUCGACAGGCAUUUCAGGAUGAGCUUGAGGAGUUUGGUUUGGGUUCGUCUGAGGAAGGAGACAUUCCUGUCAUCACAAUCCGGACCAGAGAGGGUAUCAAGUACUUGAUGCAGGAAGAAUUCACGCAAGAUGGCAAGUCCUUGGAGAAAUUCCUGGAGGAUUACUUUGCAAAAAGUUUGAAACGAUAUAUGAAAUCUGAGCCUGUUCCAGAGUCCAACGAUGACCCUGUAAAGGUUGUGGUUGCAGACACAUUUGAUGAGAUUGUAAAUGAUCCAGAGAAGGAUGUGUUGGUUGAAUUUUAUGCUCCUUGGUGUGGCCAUUGCAAGGACCUGGAGCCCAUAUACAAGGAGCUUGGAGAACAGCUCUCUGGGGACCCCAACAUUGUCAUUGCUAAAAUGGAUGCCACAGCUAAUGAUGUGCCCCCAAAUUAUGAUGUCCAAGGAUUUCCAACCAUUUAUUUUGUGCCCUCUGGACAAAAAGACCAGCCACUGCGAUAUGAGGGUGGUCGUGAAGUCAGUGACUUCAUCACCUAUCUGAAGAAUAUCUCGAAAAGCUCAUCUUAGACGAGUCAUGGGAUGAACUGUAAACACAAUAGGAUGCUGAAUUUAACCGGUGGAGAAAUGCACAAAUCCACUUAGCCAAAUAUGUCCCUCGCAGCUAUUCAGGACAUCAAUUGGGAUCAUCGAAGCACGUGAUAAAAUUCAUGACUU